ACGUAAUACAACACAGUAACCACCACCACCACCACCACCACAUUUCUCUCCUUCAAUUUUCCUUCACCAACACUUUGCUCCUCCAAACUCAGGCUUUAGAAUUUCAUAUAUGAAAUAGAAAGUGAUGAAUAGGAUUUAUGAAGAGCUGAAUGAAGCUAAAGCUGAAACUGAAAAACUCAAGGUAGAACUAAGAGGCAAGACAGAUUCACUUCAGGACUUGAACAAAUCCCAUGAUGCACAGGUCAGUCAAAUACAGGAAGCUAUUCUCAAAGUUGAGGAGCUGGAACAAGGGCUACUUGAAAAGGCAGAUGAAAUCAAUUACGCAAAGCCAAUACACGAAGAUCUCAACGGGAAUUUGAUUAGCGAAGAGUCCAUCAUCACACAUCUAAGUGCUGCAAAGGAUAAGCUUAGAGCAGAUUGUGAUGAGAAGUUUAAAAAGUUGGAAUAUGAAAACAGUAGGUUGGUAUGUGAAAAAAGUGAAAUUGAAUUUGAAUUGCAAAUAUGGAAGUCAUUUGUCGAACGUUUGAAGAAUGAUCUUGAAGAAAAUCUUGUAAUGCGUAAAGCACUGGAAAAUUCACUACUUGCACAAGUAGAUUAUAGUGAAAGUCUCAAGCAAGAGAAAGAUAGUUUGGCUUAUAAGUUGGAAGAGGAACAUAAUAGAAUAGAUGAUCUGCAGAAACAUGUUUUCCUACUAGAGCAAGAGCUGAAAUUAAGGGAAUUGGAAAGUGCUGUGACUGCAAAAGGCAAUAUGGAAAGAACCAAUGAGCUUGAGGAAGAGAAUAGAAAUAUGAGAAUAGAUGAACUGAUGCUGCAGGUGACUUCAUUGGAACAGAAUUUCACUAGCUCCUUGACCUCGUUUUCUUCACAGCUAGCUGAGAAACAAUCUGAAAUUAAUCUGGUUCAAGAAGCUUGUGAUUAUAUCACAGCAGCUGAGAUUCUUGCUGAACUUGAAAUGGAAGAGAAGAAGUUGAUGAUAGGGGAACUUGAGGAUGAAAUUCAUGAUAUAGAGCACAAACUAAAAUUGCAGGAUGAAAACUGGAGCCAAUUGAAACAGCUUGCCUUGGAAAUUGAAGUGGAAAUGGAUGCAAAACAGUUAAAUGUAAAGAAUUUGACUCAACAAAUGGAGAAUAAGCUCAGAGGCUCAGAUGUUUUAAUUCAAAAACUUAAGAUGGAGAAUAGAAGUUUGCUUGAAAAUGCUACAAUGUGGGAAUGCACUACUAAUAACACUCAACUAGUGGAUGUGUUGAGAAGCACAGGGCAAUGUGUUGAGAAUGAUUGUCAAGGAAUGAAGUCUAUAAAGGAUGAUGGAUUGCUUGUAAAAGAGAACUUGAUAAUGCAAUCUUCCACAGGAAUAAUUAAUAAACCUGAAACCUUUUGUUAUCUAAGGUUGCCACUUAAGGAGCUUAACAAUUAGUUAGAGUAGGGGAAAAGAUUUGCUUGAUAAUGCAUAGGUUUUAUGUCAUGCAGCUUGAACCAUGAACAUUUCUUUAGAUUGUACAUGGAAUUCUUUUGUUCUAGCUUUGUGUGUCCAGUAUUUGUUGUGUUUCAAUGCUAUUGUUGCACAAAAAUGAUGGU